AUGCCAAAACCCCCACCACUUUCAAUUCUACCCCUCAGUUCCGUCCUAAGGUCAUUGAUGGUCACCUCGAUUUCCUCAUCACCAUUCUUGUUUCCUAUUUCUCUCGCCAUAACUGCGAAACUCGCCCACUCCACCAAUCCAGUACUCAACCCCGACUCGAAUCCUAUCCUCCGAUUUGUUCUCAAACACACGUUUUACCGUCAGUUCUGCGCUGGAGAAAAUCCUAAGGAAGUUAGACAGACUAUCGAUGGCCUCAAGAAUCUGGGAUUCAAGGGUGUCAUUCUCGGAUAUGCGAGAGAAGUUGUAAUGGAAGAGUCAGCAGCCGACGAGCUCAAGUCCUGCGGCAAAGACGAACUUGCAGAAGCAUGCAUAAGGAAAGAGAUUAUUCCUUGGGCGAAAGGAUCGCUCGAGACGGUGAAGCUGGCCAGUCCUGGAGACUUUGUCGCAUUAAAGUUCACCGGCGCCGGCUCGCAAGCACUUUAUGACCUCAAACAACAAGCGCCGUCAUCUCCAGCGCUCAAGGAAGCAAUCGACUCUAUUUGCGACUUGGCUUCAGCCCGCGGUAUCAGACUACUUUUCGAUGCCGAACAGCAAGCCAUUCAAGCCGGUAUCGAUUCCUGGACAUUAGAUUACAUGCGCAAAUACAACGGCAAGACACCUGGCAAAGCGGUAGUCUACGGAACGUACCAAGCCUAUCUCAAAGCCACCCCCUCUAUUCUUGCUUCCCACCUCGCAGUUGCGCGCAAAGAAAACCUCACUCUUGGAGUCAAAUUAGUUCGCGGCGCAUAUCUCGGAUCCGAUCCGAGACAUCUGAUCCACGACACAAAAGCCGACACUGACAACGCCUACAACGGAAUCGCCGCUGCCCUUGCCAAACGAGCCUAUGGACCACCACUCCAAGCUGAAAAGGGCGAAACUACCUUCCCACCUGUCAACGUCGUCCUAGCAGGACAUAACCACACCUCUGUCCGCAAAAUUCAAGACCUUCGUACCACUCAAGCCCAACGCGGGGAAGAGCAAACCGACCUCGUAUACGCCCAGCUUCAAGGAAUGGCCGACGAAAUCAGUUGUGAGUUGGUACAAGCCGGAAAGAUCGAUUCGGCGAAGAGCAAUGUAGAUAUUCCAAAGGCGUACAAGUAUCUGGUCUGGGGUACUAGUGGAGAGUGUUUGAAGUAUUUACUCAGAAGGGCAAACGAGAACAAGGAGGCGGCGCAGAGGACAAUGGAGGGGAGAGAUGCUAUGGCGAGGGAGUUAGUUAGAAGGGUCAAGGCUAGAUUUGGAUUGAGCUCAUGA